AUGAAGUACGUCCAGGUUGUCCUCGGGCUUCUGCCCACAGCGCUCGCUGCGUCCAUCUAUGUCUCUCCCAAAGGAUCCAGCGGUGGCUCAGGAAGCAUUUCCUCUCCCUUGAACUCAAUCCAAUCCGCUGUAGACCUUGCAAAGCCAGGCGAUACCAUUUACCUCCGUGCGGGAACGUACUCGCCUACCAGCAACAUCCAGAUCACGAAGAGCGGAACGGCAGGUCAGCCAUACAUCCUGCGCGCCUACGAGGGUGAGAAGGUCAUUAUUGAUGGAGAAGGACUGCCUGGAACGCCCGCUGCCCUUGACGCUUCCCUCCCUAACGACGACCGCGGCAUUCUUCACAUCCAGAACGCAAACUAUUGGCAGUUCUACGAUCUGGAACUGAUCAAUGGUCCGUACGGCGUGUAUGCACGCGAUGCAUCUAACAAUCACUACGAGGGGCUGAUCACGAGGGAUAACUAUGAGACUGGCUUCCAACUGCAAGGCUCGUCGUCCAACAACAAAGUCCUCUACCUCGAUUCCUAUGGCAACAGGGACCCCCGGAAGAACGGCGAGAGUGCCGACGGCUUUGCCUGCAAGGAAGGCUCCGGCGAGGGCAACCUCCUCAGGGGAGCGAGACUGUGGAACAACGUCGACGACGGUUUAGAUCUGUGGGAGUUCAAGUCCGCGGUGACGAUCGAGGAUACCAUUUCCUGGGGCAACGGAUUCAACCGGUACUCCACCACUUCUCAAGCUGUUCGGAUGCAAACUGAUAGAGAUAGAUGGGGCUUCUCGCCCUUCGAAGGCGACGGCAACGGCUUUAAACUCGGCGGCGGCGACGCUGCAGAUAAAGGCCCCGCCAACCACGUCAUUACCAACUGCAUUGCCUUUGGUAACUCCAAGAAUGGCUUCACGGAUAAUUCCCAGACGGGCGAUUUUACUCUUAGCCGGAACACGGCGUGGAACAAUGCCAAAGUGGGCUUCAAGUUCAAUACCGCCGUGGCUACGCUGAAGGGAAACGUUGCUGCGGUUAAUGGGGAGUCAGCCACCGCUCUGAGUGACCAGCAGAUUUCCUCUGGAAACUCGUGGGAUGGGAGUGCAACAUGGUCGAAUAGUAGCUUCAAGAGUGUGGAUGUGAGUCUGGUGCAGGGUGCUAGACAGGCAGAUGGGCGGAUUACGGCCAGUGCUUUCUUGUUGCCAAAGUCUGGGGAGGCAAUUGGGGCGACCACUGCUUGGGAAUAA